GAGAAUUUCAACCAGAAAGAACAGCCAGUGCAAAGGCCCAUCGAUAUGAACAAACUUGGCCCUGCGUCUUCCCAGGUGACCACGCCGGCUUCAGGACAUGCACGGACACAGCCGCAACGGCCAGGCCCACGUGCCCCGGCGGAAACGCCGCAACCGCUUUGUCAAGAAGAACGGCCAAUGCAAUGUGUACUUCGCCAACCUGAGCAACAAGUCGCAGCGCUACAUGGCGGACAUCUUCACCACCUGCGUGGACACGCGCUGGCGCUACAUGCUCAUGAUCUUCUCCGCGGCCUUCCUUGUUUCCUGGCUCUUUUUUGGCCUCCUCUUCUGGUGUAUCGCCUUCUUCCACGGUGACCUGGAGGCCAGCCCAGGGGUGCCCGGGGCGGGGGGGCCGGCGGCGGGCAGUGGCGGGGCAGCCCCGGCGGCCCCCAAGCCCUGCAUCAUGCACGUGAACGGCUUCCUGGGUGCCUUCCUGUUCUCGGUGGAGACGCAGACGACCAUCGGCUACGGGUUCCGGUGCGUGACAGAGGAGUGCCCGCUGGCAGUCAUCGCUGUGGUGGUCCAGUCCAUCGUGGGCUGCGUCAUCGACUCCUUCAUGAUCGGCACCAUCAUGGCCAAGAUGGCGCGGCCCAAGAAGCGGGCACAGACGCUGCUGUUCAGCCACCACGCGGUCAUCUCGGUGCGUGACGGCAAGCUCUGCCUCAUGUGGCGCGUGGGUAACCUACGCAAGAGCCACAUUGUGGAGGCCCACGUGCGGGCCCAGCUCAUCAAGCCCUACAUGACCCAGGAGGGUGAGUACCUGCCCCUGGACCAGCGGGACCUCAACGUGGGCUAUGACAUCGGCCUGGACCGCAUCUUCCUGGUGUCGCCCAUCAUCAUUGUCCACGAGAUCGAUGAGGACAGCCCGCUCUAUGGCAUGGGCAAGGAGGAGCUGGAGUCAGAGGACUUCGAGAUCGUGGUCAUCCUGGAGGGCAUGGUGGAGGCCACGGCCAUGACCACCCAGGCCCGCAGCUCCUACCUGGCCAGCGAGAUCCUGUGGGGCCACCGCUUUGAGCCCGUGGUCUUCGAGGAGAAGAGCCACUACAAGGUGGACUACUCGCGUUUUCACAAGACCUACGAGGUGGCCGGCACGCCCUGCUGCUCGGCCCGGGAGCUGCAGGAGAGUAAGAUCACCGUGCUGCCCGCCCCGCCGCCCCCUCCCAGUGCCUUCUGCUACGAGAACGAGCUGGCCCUCAUGAGCCAGGAAGAAGAGGAGAUGGAGGAGGAGGCGGCUGCGGCGGCCGCAGUGGCCGCAGGCCUGGGCCUGGAGGCCGGCUCCAAGGAGGAGGCGGGCAUCAUCCGGAUGCUGGAGUUCGGCAGCCACCUGGACCUGGAGCGCAUGCAGGCUUCCCUCCCGCUGGACAACAUCUCCUACCGCAGGGAGUCUGCUAUCUGACCUCCAGGCCCGGCCCUCACCACUGCCCACAAGAGCCUCUGCCGGGGGUAGGAUGCCAGGACACCCCCUCCCACACUCAGGACAGAGUCAACCCUGGCUCCGUGGACCUUCUGGAGGAAGGUGGGGGUUUCAAAGACUGGGGGACCCCUUCCUCCUGACUCCAGCACCCUGGCCUGGGAAGAGCUCGGCCCAAUCAGCCUGGGUUCCCCCAGCGCCUACUCCUGGUGGCUCUGGGUCCCCGGAUCCACCACCCUUCCCCCACUGACUCGUCAAGGACGUGCCCUCUUUGCUCUCAGAACCUUGGGGAAGGUGACUGGACUGCUGGGUGGGAGACAUCUCGGGGUUUCAGGGUGGGCAGGGGGUUAGUUUGGGGAGGGGGGUGCGUUUCUUUUGCAUGACUGUGGCCUGUUGCUCAUGACUUUCUUUUGUAAAUAUCUAUAAAUGGAGACAGAUGGAGACACCAAA